AAUUUAUUAAUUUUAAAAAAUGUCUUUAUGCUAUAAGAGAGUUUUUUGUUUUUCCAACUGCUACCCUUGUUCCUCUCCAUCUUCAUCUUCUUUUUCUUCAGACAGAUCUCUUCUCAACCACAUUACUUCUGGUUUCUCCAACCAUGAGGAAAGGGAGAGUCUCCUCCGCCGUUGCACCCGCCCUUCCGGUAACCGCCAACGGAUCCGCGAAGGAGCCGAGGUAUAGAGGCGUUAGGAAGAGACCAUGGGGCCGAUUCGCCGCAGAGAUCCGCGAUCCGUUAAAGAAAUCCCGAGUCUGGCUCGGCACGUUCGACUCCGCCGUGGAAGCUGCACGCGCCUACGAUCAAGCCGCUCGCAACCUCCGUGGUCCCAAGGCCAAGACCAACUUCCCGAUCGACUGCUCUCCGUCUUCCCCUCUCCAACCACUCUAUCACCAGAAUCUUCGAUCGGCGAAUCAGAGCCAGAUCGAUCCGUUCAUGGACCACCGGUUAUACGGCGGAGGAGGCGAGCAGCAGAUUAUCAGCCGCCCGGCGAGCAGCAGCAUGAGCAGCACCGUGAAAUCGUUCAGCGGGCAGAGACCGUCUUCUUCCGUGGCGAAGCCGUUAGCCGCCGCGAAGAGGUAUCCGCGGACUCCGCCGGUGGCUCCGGAGGAUUGCCACAGCGACUGCGAUUCGUCGUCGUCGGUGAUUGAUGAUGGAGACGACAUCGUUUCGUCGUCUACGAGAAGGAAACCGCCGUUUCAGUUUGAUCUUAAUUUUCCGCCGUUGGAUGGCGUUGACUUAUUCGAUGAUGAUCUCCACUGCACCGAUCUACGUCUUUGAUUUGUGGGGACGUACACAGAAGAUCUGAAUGGCUUCACAUAAGAUUGAAAACAGAAUGAUGAUGAAGCUCCUUUGCUACCUAAGAUGGGUGAUUCGAAGAAAGAAGUUGGAAUACUCAUUGUCAUUGUUAGUGCUGAGCCUGAAGUUUGUUCAUUCAGCCUUUUAGUUGCAGCAGGUAGACAAGAAAGACUUUUCCUUUCGUGUACCCAAUCGAAUGAAUGGAGAUGGGCAUGGUCAAUGGGCGGUGAGUGAGUUGGGUGAUUGAUAAAAGCUCAAUGGGCAAAAGCCAAAUCAUUAGGUUAAAGUUUGGUGGCUGAGGUGAUGCCGUUCUGUAAAUGCCGUUGGGUUUUAGAAUUAUGUUUUGACUAUCUGAUUAAGAUUUGCUGGUUGAGUUGUCCCAGAUUUGGUAUCUACUUUACUUCUCUGCUACGGAUUCAGACAGUGAAUCUUUUGUGUUUGAAGCAAGACUGAGCUUUUUUGUAUUUCCUUUUUUACCGUUUUGAGGUAAAAAGCCAUGAUGUGUCUUGUAAUUUACUGUAAAGAUUUAUUACUUGAACCUACCUCAACUCUCAAGUCACUUUCUCUUUC